UGAUUGUUAAUUCUCUAUGUUUACUUGAGGAAUUGCUUUUUGUUGUUUAUAUUCUGUCUUAACUAUAUAAAUUUAUCUUGAAUGUAUCGUCUUUGAAGAUCUAUCGAUAGUGUGUAUAAACUAUCGCUACUAUGUCCGCAUCACAUAUCCCUGGGUCCUCCAGCGACAAUUCCCACAAUGAUUUAGAGACUCCGCCGGCACUCAAACCUUCUCGUUAUCGUCAAAUCAUAGAUGAUAUAUCCAUUAAUCGCAAUGCAUAUUUCCUCACCGUCGUCGCCUCGUUCGGCGGAAUGUUUUUCGGUUGGGACACCGGACUCAUCGGUGGAAUCCUCACCAUGUCCUCCUUUCAAGAUUCUUUCGGCCUCGACGAGGGAUCCUCCUCUUACACAAAUCUCUCUGGAAAUAUCGUUUCUGUUCUGCAAGGAGGAUGCUUUUUUGGCGCUAUGUCGAGUUUUUAUAUUAGUGAUGUGUUUGGACGGAAAAAGGCCUUGCUUGUGGCUGAUUUCUUCUUUCUCGUUGGAUCUAUUAUCCAAACUACGAGCGGGAUUAAUACCACUAGUUUAGGUCAGCUUUAUGUAGGAAGGUUUAUUGGGGGGUUCGGGGUUGGUUUGGUGAGUGCGGUUGUGCCGACUUAUAUUGGGGAGAAUGCGAAUAAGGAAAUUAGAGGAAGAUGCGUGGGGUGUAUGCAGUUAUUUAAUGUGUAUGUUUUUCCUACUUACUUUUAUCACUCUUAUCUUCAUAAAAAGAAGAAGACGAAGCGGACUAACACACCCCAGAACAGGUAUCAUGAUCGCCUACUUCAUUAAUUUUGGCAUGAACAAAAACGUAGCCGGCAAUAAUCCCCUAAAAUGGCGCAUCCCAUUUGCCCUACAAACACUACCUGGCAUCCUUCUCGGACUCGGACUCCUUUUCCAGAACGAAAGUCCUAGGUGGCUCAUCGAAAAAGACCAACACGAAAAAGCCCUCCAAGCACUCUCACACGUGCGUCGUCGCUCCCCAACGGAUCCCCUCAUCCAACGCGAAUACAACGAAAUCAUCGCCGAUUUCCACGGAAAAGAAAGAUUAUCUCUCCUCCGACAAAUGAACCUCACAAUGUCAAACAAAGCUUCAUUUUAUGCCGUCUCUAUGGCUGCUAUACUGCAAUUUUGGCAGCAGUGGACAGGAACAAAUAGUAUUAAUUAUUAUUCGCCGCAAAUAUUCAAGACAGUGGGUCUUACUGGUACAUCGUCAGGUCUUUUCGCAACAGGGAUUUAUGGUGUAGUGAAGGUGUGUAUUACCGCGCUGGGACUCAUGUUUGCCACGGAGCAAAUCGGGAGGAAGUGGUGUUUAAUUGUCGGAGGGCUCGGACAAGCCUUCGCCAUGUUCUACAUUGGAAUAAACCAAGCCGUCAAUCCUCCAAUCGAAGGAGCCCCAUUGAACGGAAACUCAAUAUUUGCAAUCAUCUGCGUAUAUCUAUUCGUAGUUUUCUAUUCCUUCGGAUGGGGACCCAUCCCCUUCGUUCUCAGCUCCGAAUGUUCCCCAAACCAUCUCCGCAGUUUUAGCAUGGCGCUCGCUAUCGCCGUGCAAUGGUUAUUCAACUUUAUCAUCUCGAAGAUUACCCCGUAUAUGCUGAGUGGGAUUACUUAUGGGACUUUCUUGCUUUUUGGUGCUUGUUGUUUGUUGAUGACGGUGUAUGCGGUGGUUUUUGUACCAGAGACGAUGAAUGUGCCGUUGGAGAGAAUUCAUACGCUUUUUGAGGGGGAGAUUGUUAAAGGUGCGUUUAGGGAUACGAUACCGAGGCUUAGGAGGUCGAAUCGGUUGAGGGAAAUGAGGAGGGAAGAUGAUGAUGGGAUGUUGGGGAAGGGGGAUGGUGAGAAUGUUAUGAGUGUGCAUAUUGAGAGAGUAGAUGGACGGGUCUAGAAGUUUGGAUGGAUGGAUGGAUGGUUGGAUUUAGGAGGUGGGACCUUGAAAUGCGCGGAGGUUGGGUAAUGAAUGGUUAAUGUGAUCUCUAGUUGAUAGUAUAAGGUUUAGAGCCGAUCAACUUUUAGAUUUCUUGCACAACCCAACUGUGGGAUUUUGAUAAUCUAACUAUUAUGUAGGUAUAUAAUAACAUAUUUGAUCAAUCCAUUUUACGCGAGCUA